CAAAAACACCUGGCCCUGCACCUAGGCCGCUGCAUGGGACCUGGGCUUGGGGUCUUCAGACUGAAACUUUUCAUGCAGGAGCCUAGGCGAGUAGGUAGCUCUGGCUUGGAGGCGGAGCUCUGGAGGCGCAAUAACUUGGGCAUAAGAAGCUGAACCCACCUUGAUUGUCUGUGUGCUUCAUGCGGCCUCAACUCACGCUACCAUUCAGCAUCACAGGCACUGGCAGCCAAUUGGGAAGUCGACCUUUGUGUAAUUAGUCCACUGAGUGGAGCUUCCAAUCCGUAAGACAUCGGACCUGCCUACAUGUGAGUCAAAUCUGCGCAGAGUAAUUCGAAAAGGUUGGAGCCAAAGAAGGGGUAUAGCGGUAGAAUUAAGGACAUAGCAGUCCUUCGUCAUGAGUGUUCCGGCCAUAGUCGCCGCAAAUCCACACGCUGGACUGGAUGGACAGAUUUCCCAACUGCACGAGUGCAAGCCUUUAGCGGAAAAUGAGGUCAGAGCCCUUUGUGAGAAGGCGAGGGAGAUACUGAUAGAGGAGAGCAAUGUCCAACCAGUGAAGUGCCCGGUCACAAUAUGUGGUGAUGUGCAUGGGCAAUUCCAUGAUUUGGCAGAACUCUUCAGAAUCGGAGGAAAAACACCCGAUACAAACUACUGUUUUUUGGGUGACUACGUGGAUAGAGGCUACUACUCGGUCGAAACUGUAACGCUUCUGGUUGCCCUGAAAGUACGAUAUCCAGAUCGUAUCACCAUAUUGAGGGGCAAUCACGAAAGCAGACAGAUCACGCAAGUGUAUGGCUUUUACGACGAGUGUCUUAGAAAGUACGGAAACGCAAACGUCUGGAAGAUCUUCACAGAUCUUUUCGACUAUUUUCCUCUGACUGCUUUGGUUGAGAACCAGAUUUUCUGCCUGCAUGGGGGCCUCUCGCCGUCCAUUGACAGCCUAGACCACAUCCGGGACUUGGACCGCGUACAGGAGGUGCCCCACGAAGGUCCCAUGUGCGACCUGCUGUGGUCGGACCCCGACGAUCGGUGUGGGUGGGGCAUUUCCCCGCGUGGGGCGGGGUACACGUUUGGGCAGGACAUCAGCGAGCAGUUCAACCACAACAACAGCCUCAAGUUGGUGGCGCGGGCGCAUCAGCUGGUCAUGGAGGGCUACAACUGGUGCCACGACCACAAGGUCGUCACCAUCUUCUCAGCGCCGAACUACUGCUACCGCUGUGGUAACAUGGCCGCAAUCCUGGAGGUGGACGAUAACAUGGGGCAUACUUUCAUCCAAUUCGAGCCUGCACCUCGACGUGGGGAGCCGGAUGUCACCAGACGAACACCGGAUUACUUCCUCUAGGGUCGUUUGAGCUGGACGUUCUAUGCAAAAGCAGACUCAAAGCAACGGUGGUGGACCUAAGAAGCAAUUGUUUUAUGUAAUCUUCAGAAAGGUCCUUUGCUGUGGCAGACCAAAAACAUGUAUCGCAGGUGUGCUUAACUUGCAGAGUGGCGGAAGAUGUGUAUGGUCGACGUGCUGCUCAGCCGAACAUGAGGGGAUCUUGGCGGAAGCCCUUUCAGUGCUCGCAACCUUUUUCUGAAACUUAGCACGGCCUGAAAGAGAUCUGGGGCUUGCAUUCAUUGACUGGAUGCCAGUCUGCAAUGGCGAUCCCUUUUGUGCUCCAUAUUGCGAGACUGGCCUGAAGCAGUUUGACAUGGCAGGUCUGGUUUCUUUAGACUAUGCUAUGGAUGCCAGCUCGAAAUAGCUGCUGGUGCGCCCCUUCUUUGAUUUAGGCUCCCCAAUUUCGCGGAUUGAUUACCAC